UGGGCGCUCGGCGGAGCGAUGGCGGCGUAGGGCCGGGCUGCGCGGGGAGGGAGGGAGGAAGGAGGCCCAGGCUAGUUAAAAUGACCACAGCAGCGAGGCCAACGUUUGAACCUGCCAGAGGAGGAAGAGGAAAAGGUGAAGGAGACUUAAGUCAGCUAUCAAAGCAAUAUUCCAGCAGAGACCUUCCUUCUCACACUAAAAUAAAAUACAGGCAGGCCACUCAGGAUGCUCCCGAAGAGGUGCGCAACCGUGACUUCAGAAGGGAGCUGGAGGAGAGAGAGAGGGUGGCUGCAAGAGAAAAGAAUAGAGACAGACCAACCAGAGAACACACAACAUCAUCUUCUGUGUCUAAGAAGCCUCGGCUAGACCAGAUUCCUGCAGCAAACCUUGACGCAGAUGAUCCACUUACUGAUGAGGAUGAUGAAGAUGAGGACUUGGAAGACAGUGAUGAUGAUGACACUGCAGCUCUUCUGGCUGAGCUAGAAAAAAUAAAGAAAGAGCGAGCUGAGGAACAAGCUCGAAAGGAACAAGAGCAGAAGGCUGAAGAAGAAAGAAUUCGGAUGGAGAACAUUCUGAGUGGUAACCCCCUGCUGAACCUGACCGGCCCAGCACAGCCCCAAGCAAACUUCAAAGUGAAGAGGAGAUGGGAUGAUGAUGUUGUCUUCAAGAAUUGUGCCAAGGGGAUAGAUGAAAAUAAAAAGGACAAAAGAUUUGUGAAUGAUACCCUGCGAUCAGAAUUCCACAAGAAGUUCAUGGAAAAAUAUAUCAAGUAGUACAGUUUUAUGUGCCCUGGUGCUGAAGGACUUGGAAGGUCAUGGUUGUUCCCUCCCUCUCCCUCAGAGUUCAAAGCUGAAUACUUGGUCAUGAAUUCCCACAUGCUUUUCCAAGAUCAUCAACAGCUUCAGAAGUAGUAAUGGCUAUGUAUCUGGAGUUUUAUUCCUGCAAUAUAUUCUCCUUCUAAAUUUUAAUUAAAUCAGUUUGUGUUUCAUGAA